AUGACGCACGAGUGCUCCACCACAGCCCACUGUACAGGAGUGGUUUCCAGAGUGUUUGACGUGCCUCGUUCCACUGUCCACCGCAUUGUCCACCAAGUUGCUGAGGAGGUGCUGGCCAUUCACCACAAAGUGAUUCACCUCCCGAAGACCCCAGAAGACCUGGAGGCAGUUUGCCGUGGGUUUGCAGGGCUGGCAAGACACAGAGCUUUCUUGAAAUCUGCAGGAGCAAUCGACGGUUGCCAUGUCCGCAUCAAGCCACCAAGCGGCCCUGAUGGUCAGUGCUACAGGAACAGGAAACUGUUUCCAUCUAUUAUCCUGCAGGCUGUUUGUGACCAUCAGGGCCACUUCAUUGACACCUACGUGGGCUGGCCUUGGUCAGUGCAUGACGCACGAGUGCUCCACCACAGCCCACUGUACAGGAGGUCAGUGUACCCUCCUCCAGGGCACUUUAUCCUGGCAGACGGAGGUUACCCAUGCCUCCGACACAUACUCCCCCUCAUCACUCCCUACAAGAGACCAGUACAAGGUGUGGGAGCCCAGCGCUUUAACGUCCAUCAUUCCAGGGCACGCUCCAUUAUAGAGCGUGCUUUUGGGAUGAUGAAGACCAGGUUCAGGGCCAUCUUCCUGCAAGCACUGGAGGUGCACCACACCUUUGUACCUCACGUCAUAACAGCCAGUGCCAUCCUCCAUAACAUCUGCCUUGGGCUAGGUGACAUCAUGGCCCGGGAGGAUGAGCAUGAGGAGGAUGUGGCAGAGGAGGAGCAUGCUUUGGAGACAGUCAGUGGUUCUCCCUGGCGUGACCAGCUGUCUGCAGAGAUGUCUGCCCUGGAGGAGGUAACCGCUGACCACAUCUAUUUGUAACGGGCAAUGAUAUGACAGCCGUCGAUUGUGUCAGCCCUGCAAACCUGUUGGUAGACAAUGCAGUGGACAGUGGAAAUAUGCACUCCAACACUCUGGAGACCAUCCCAGAUGAUGUCCCACCAGCAGAGAGGCCUUACCAGGAUCAACAUAAGUGUCAUUGCAAUUAUGACUGAAGACGAACUUGCGAAAUAUAUCGUUAGAUAAGGGGAUCGUCUUGCAGUUAGAGCAUUUUGCCGUCAAAGACUCGCAGCAUGUGAAACCACCAAGUCCACUGCACUGCAGAGAUUAUGAGACAAGAUCCAAAAAGGAGGCAGUACAUCAGCAAAUGACGGGGGUUUAUUAAGCAAACUUUCAGGUAUCGGCAACAAACAUGCAUCUAAAGAGACAAGACGACUGGAAAUUGGGUGGCUUCAUUUUCAUAAAGGAGAAUUUCACCAGGUUCGGACAAGACAUGGAGGAGGAACGCGACAUGUGACGGUUAAAAAGAGCACUUCGGUUGAGGAACUAAUGAUGAUUGGGAAGGAUUUGUUUUUUCCUAAAGGGAUUUCUUCAAAAGGCCCAGCUGAAAGCUAUACUUUUGAGAUGCGAGAUUUCAGCCAGACCACAAUUACAUUCAGUAUUACAGUGAAUGAACUGUAUGAGCAGAGUAAACUCAGAAUGCUAUUUUGACAAUGGCUCACAAAGUCCUCCUUCAAGAGCCCAAAUUUAUAAUUGACUGCUUCCAUACCAUUAUGCCAACUGGCAAUUCUGAAUUUGACCAGACAAAGCAUACUUGAAGCAUACGAGUCAAAGAAAGCUACAAACAAGAAAGUGUCACAAAUGAUAAAGCCAGCAAAAGAUUACUUGAACCAGCAAGAGCAGCUGACCCUUAAUCAUCUGCAGCGCUACGUGAAAAAUCUAGACCAAAGAAAGCUGGAGACCUUCCUACGAUUCUGUACCGGCUCUACUGUCAUGUGUAAAGACAAAAUCGAAGUCAUGUUUAAUGGAUCAUGUGGCCUUGGACGUAGGCCUGUUGCACAUACCUGUGGAGCAGUUCUCGACUUACCAUGUACAUACAGCUCUUACCCA